AUGGCUACAAUAGAGAAACCGUUUCGGAUUGUAGUUGUUGGAGGCGGACUCGUAGGCCUCAGUACAGCUCAUAUCUUAUCCAAAACGGACAUCGACUUCGUUGUAUUAGAACGACAUGGGAGUCUGGCACCCGAGAUUGGCUCUCUCCUUAACUUAUGGCCACCAACAUUCCGCAUUUUCGAUCAGCUGGGUAUACAAGAUGCAAUAGAUCCCAUCCUCAGCCCCGUCAACCAUGCAGUUACCAUGUCUGCUGACGAUGGAACCGUCUUCUCGUCCCACGGGGACCGUGGAAUACAAGUUACUCAUCGCCCACUCUUCAUUGACGCCUUGUACCAGAGCCUACCAGACAGUUUCAAAGCACGAAUCAAGGUGAAUAAACAUGUCACCAAGGUGAACAUUUCAGACGAUGGAGUAGUCGUCGAAUGCGCUGACGGCACCGUUGAAAGGGGCUCUAUUGUAUUAGGCGCUGAUGGCGUUCACAGCAGAGUACGCCAAUGCAUGCAGGCGAUGGAGGAGGGCAGAUCAGCUCCUGGCGUGUCGGAAAAGCCCAAGAGUCCCUUUCUUACUACAUAUAGGAUGUUCUUUAAGGCCAUUCCUAUCCCUCCAACAUUACCAGGAAAUACCAAUUAUGAAUGUGCGGCAGAACGCGUGUCGACUCAGAUUCUUACUGGUAAUUCUCAAGCAUGGUUUGCUAUGUACGAAGCGCUUGACAAACCUACAUCGGAGCGCCUCAAACACCCUGAAAAGGAUAAGGAGGGGGCCCUACAGAGAUGGGGACAUUUGUAUGCCGCUCCUGGCGUGAGAGUGCGUGAUAUCCUCGAUCUUCAAAAAGGGGGCAUCGGUAUGAUCAACCUAGAGGAAGGCCGCGUAGACAAGUGGCAUUGGAAUCGCAUCGUCCUCGUGAGCGACGCCAUCCGGAAACUAGAGCCCCAUGCCGGAUUAGGUUAUAAUAGCGGUUUGGCCGACGUAGUCGUCCUCGUGAAUAAGCUGCGACGUUUACUCGAGAGCGACCCGUCACCCAACACGAGAGCCCUAGAAGCAGUAUUCGCCGACUACCAGAAUGAACGAAAGAAAGACGAGCCAACAGUCCACAGAAUGUCCAGGUCUCGUGCCCGGGUUUACGCCUGGCUUGGCACGAUAGACAGGAUAAUGGCGAAAUACAUUAUUCGCUACACGAACAUCGCAAUACACAGCGCGAAACAUAUAUAUGGGCCAGUCGUCGCUCGAGCACCUGUCCUAGAUUGGUUAGAAGAGAAGUCGUUCCCCGAAAACGCGGGAAUUCCUUACGUUCACCGUCCCCUAGUUGGAGGAAAGAAGCCAAAUGAUCACUACCACAGGAUCAUUACGACGAUAGGAUCCAAGAUAAAUUCAGGAUAA